AUACAUCAACUCGUUAGGAAGGAGUAUAGACGUGUGCUAUCGUCCUACACACAGUUAUUUAUUUCAAUUAAUUAUAUAGUAUCUAGUGAUUAAAAUGGCUAAAGUUAAAGUGGAACAAGGUUGGUUGGAAGGGGAAAUAUUGGAUGCCCAAUUAGGAGAUGGUGGUUUAAGAAAAUUCUACAGUUUUAAAGGAAUACCUUACGCGACUCCGCCGUUAGGCAAGCUUAGAUUUAAGGCACCAGUACCCGCUCAGCCUUGGGAUGGUGUUAGAAGCGCCAAAGAGCACGGACCAGUGUGUCCCCAAAAAGACAUCUUCACUCAAACAAUUAUCCCAGGCAACGAAGAUUGUUUGUAUCUGAACGUCUACUCCCCAGAUCUGACGCCCUCUAAACCUCUAACGGUCAUGGUAUUCAUCCACGGCGGUGGUUACAAAAGUGGUUCAGGUAACGUAGACCACUAUGGCCCAGACUUCUUAAUGGCCCACGAUGUUGUCCUAGUUACUAUAAACUACAGACUAGAAGCAUUAGGAUUCUUAUGUCUCGACACAGAAGAAGUUCCCGGCAACGCAGGAAUGAAAGAUCAAGUUCUUGCAUUAAAAUGGGUGAACGAAAAUAUUAGUAAAUUUGGAGGAAACCCUAAUAAUAUCACCAUUUUUGGCGAAAGUGCCGGAGGUGCCUCCACAGGGCUACAUAUCUUAUCACCUAUGUCAAAAGGCCUGUUCCAAAGAUGUAUACCAAUGAGUGGUGUACCAUUAUGUGAUUGGUCUGUACCAUUCGAACCUAGAAGACGCGCCUUUGCUUUAGGUAAACAGUUAGGUUUGGAUACAAACGACGAUAAAGAACUUCUGGAAUUCCUCCAAAACGUCCCUGUACAGGACUUAGUAGACGUGAAGGCGUGUGUGAUCACUUCCGAAAUACUCUCGGAUAAUAUUAUAAAAAUGUACCCCUUUACACCUGUCAUAGAAAAAGAUUUUGGAGGUGUACAUUUUCUUACGGAAUGCCCGAUAAAGAUUUUGAAGAGUGGUAAUAUUAAUGAAGCAGAUGUCUUGAUAGGCUAUACCAGUAUGGAAACAUUGAUUAGUAUACCUGCGCUGGAGAAUUCUCUUAUAAAAGACUAUUCUAAAUACCCGGAACUAUUAGUACCCAGGAAGAUAUUGCUUGAGUCGACGCCAAAGAAAAUAUUAGAACUCGCUGAUCGCAUAUACAAGCAUUACUUUGGGACAAAACGUAUAUCUUUAGAUUCUAUGAAGGAGAUGAUAAUGUAUACAGCAGAAAGUACAUUUACAUAUGACAUACACUUAUAUUUGAAGCUCCUUUCUAAGGCAAACAGAAACAAAAAAAUAUAUCAAUAUAGGUUUUCAAGCUUUUCUGAUCGAAAUAUUUUCGGACAAUGGGGUAUGAAGUAUGGUUUAGUUGGUGCUUCUCACUUAGACGACCUGAUGUACUUAUUCCACGCAAAACAUGCUAAUUUAGAACUUGGACCAAAAGAACAAAAAUUAGUAACACAAGCUUGUACUCUAUUCACCAACUUCGCUAAAUAUGGGGCUUUGACCACUCCUACAUCUGGAAUAGAGUGGCCAGAGUACGGGGAGGGAGAGUACUAUGGAGAUAUAAGCGAUGAAGUCACCAUUGGCCAACACCUGGACCAUGAAGCCAUUAGCUUCUGGAAAAGCAUUUACGAAGAUGCGGGAAUGGACUAUUUUAAUAUCGAUUAAGGUUAAAUAAUAUAAUGCCUACAAUCGUACAAAACGUUUUUCCGAUUCAUGUUAUUAUGUUUAAGACAAAGGAUUUUCUCUAGAGAACAGGGUAACAAGAGUGACAGCCUGAUAUUAUUUAAAUAAAGAUAUACAAUAAUCUGCCAAACUCAAUAAAAAACAAACAAACAAAGAAUUUAUUAACUAAAAAUAAUUAUUAUACAUUCUUGUAUGGUAUAAUAAUUCUUUUUUUUUCACUUAGGUAUUCACCUAAGUGAGAAACUUUAACUCUACUUUUGUAUUUUAAUUUUAAUAUCUACUUAAUUUAAAUAUCUACUUAAUUUAAAUAUCUACUUAAUUUAAAUAUCUGCUUAAUGGGUAAGUUCUAAAACAUAAAUUAUUUAGUUUAUUAAAGUAAGGAAAUACUUAUUACAUAUACUUAUUUUAAAAUUUGCUGUGCCCGACGGGGUCCAUAAUGAUACUUUUGUUUUUUUUAUAUAAACAUCCUAAUACUACAUUGUGGAUUG